AUGUACGGCCGGGACCCUUACACCUUCGUCAACGGCUCGCACAUCCCCUCCGUCGUCCUUGGAGUGAUCACCACGAUUCUCAAAUCCUGGGACCAGGCCUCGACAGACUACGAGUACAUCACUGCCUUCCACCAACCCCAUGGGACCCUGCAUGUCGCGCCCGAGCCCGCCAUCGGCGAAGCCGCCAUGCGAAAACUGCACGACGACAUCAUUCACCCGAUCAAUGGACCUGUCGUGGCUUUGCAACACUACCUCGACCGUGUCUUCAUGAUGCCCGGCUCACCAGAGGGAAAGACAGAGACGGUCUUCACAGGGAAACUGACCAGUGUCUUGAAAUCUGGGGAGGAGGUUACUACAGACUUCGCCACCUGGAUCGUGGCGUCUCCAAACAGUGCUGGGGAGCUCAAGGUGGAAUUGCUGAGGGUGUUUUCCGACACGAGCGAGUUGAUGAAGAAGAUUGGCGACAUGAUGGCGGUGAAGAGCUAG